UGCACAGUCUGUGAUGAUUUAAGUCAAUUACAGUAGAGGAUGGAGCUGUCCUUUCCAAAUGUGGUGGUAUCAAAUCUUUUUUGAGGCACCCUUCACUUUCAGAGGUUUAGUGUGUAAUGUGUGGACUGUUUUUUACAUGAAAGAGGAAGCGGUUCAAACACAGACGUGAAAACACGUGAUGGAACACAGACACCUCGAUCCUUGGGUCCAGGUUGCUGCUUCACUUUUGCUUUUGUGUGGAUUGAUGGUAACUGGGAGUGAUGGAGGCAUCAUGGAUUUCAUGGAGAACAACUUUAACCUUCAUUAUUACGAUACUACAAAUCCAAGCUCUGAUCAGCAUCAAAAUAACCAGAGUUACCGGACUGGAAGGUCAGAGAUUUGACUUCAGGUGUGAAUAUUUGGACGGCCAGCAGACAAACGCUAAGUACUUCUGCCAAGAUAAUGACAAUGCACCCUGCAGUGACCUGAUACGGACAGAGCUACGUGACAAGUGGGUGGAAGACGGACGCUUCUCACUUUACGACAACACCACCGGAGCAUACUUCACUGUCAGGGUGGAGAAACUCAUCUUAGAGGACUCGGGGAAGUACUGGUGCGGGGUGGACAUCCUUCACCAGUCCGAUGAUAUCAGCACCGUAGAACUGAAUGUUCUCCCAGACUUACCAGCAGCUGAACCAACCACCUCUGCUACGGACUAUAUAAUGGACAAGCUCCACCUGCCGCUGUAUGUGACCGCUGUGAUGUGUGUGGCAGCGAUACUGGCUGUGUUUCUAUUCACGUUCUGUCUUCUGAUGGCUGUUAAACAGCGGAGAGCAGGCCCACCACGCCAGAAUAGAGAGAUGUCCUCUGACUACGAGACCAUGAUGCCCAGUGUAAGAACUGAUCAGGAGCUCUGCUGCAGCUGCUCGGCUCCAGGCUGCCCUUAUCUGUUAGAUCCUCUGCCUCCACCACCCGACCUCUGCUCCCACCUCAAAUCAAAGAAUCGGGAGUCCGCCGUCUCCCUCGGGCUCAGUGAUUAUGUGGAUGUGGACGCAUCAGGGCACUUGUGUCAGUACCAACAUCUGGAUCCUAGCCGGAUAGAGGAUCAUGUCUAUCACAGCCUGCAUGGAGACGGCAGGCCUAAAGACGGACCUCUAAGGGUCCAAGAGCAGGUUGGAACUUAUUGUUUAGGGGAGACUGCAGCUCUGUCGGUAACAGGAGUGUUGGGAAUGGCUCUCGAAAUAAAAUGCACACACGCCAACGCAUUCACCAACGUCAAAUAUUUCUGCAAGGGAAAAUGUGGAAGUGAAGACAUCCUGAUAGACAGCAGAAAAAAGAAGGAUGGAAGAUACAGUAUUAGCGAUAAAGGAAACACAUUUUACGUGACUAUCUCUGGCCUGACAGAGAAGGACUCAGGGACGUACUGGUGUGGAAUAGACAGACUUGGUUUGGACACGUACCAUGAAGUCGUCCUCACAGUCAUACAACAGAGGCUGGUGUACAUCGGAGCAGGUCUCGGGGCGGUUCUGCUGGCUCUGAUGAUCGUCAUCGUGGUAUUCUUCAGACAUCGAAGCAGAUACGUCAGCAAAUCUUCUGUAUCCUCACAUAUAGUGUCACCACCACUGCUGCUGUCCUUGGCGGUGGCUUCUGCAGUCCUGCUGAGUCUGUCUGUGGUUUUGUACCUCACACUGAGGAAGUACAAGCAGGGCACAGGAAGAGUUGGAUGUGAAGGGACCCCAAGCAUGGACACGUGCGGCACGCUUAGACAAGUGGAGACUCACAGCCCAGAUCAGCCCGGUGAACUGGACCCAUCAGUCGACGUCACUUCAUCGGAAGUCACGUAUGCUACAGUGGUCGGUCGCAGAGGUCCAGACGCCCACACGUCGGUUCAUCAUCCAGUCGCUAUCCAAACCCAGGUGGCUGAUCCUGGCAGUGAGGACGUCCGUCUGCUCUACUCCACUGUCCACUUCAACAGAGAAGGAACCGCCCUCCAGCCCGGGGGAAAGAUCGGAUCAGCUGCUGGACUCUCCGAGCUUGGAGACACUGUACAAAUCGACUGUCCCUAUCCAGAAAGCCAUGAGAGCAAUGAGAAAUUCCUGUGCAAAGGGGAGACGCCUUUGGACUGCAAGAAGCUAAUACAGACAACAGAACAGGACAGAUAUGUGUCUGAAGGCAGGUUUGCUAUAAGGGAUAAUCAAAGAGUGAAGUACUUCUAUGUAACAAUCAAGAAUGUGAACACAGCCGACUCUGGAACGUACUGGUGUGGCUCUGACACGACAAGCGGGGGAAUCCACCUUAGUGUAGCUGAAAGCAUCAUCAACACUCAAAUAUCAACCAGAGAGCAAGCCCAAGGUGAUGGACAUCCAGAACCUAUAAUCGGCGGUGUGGUGGGUAGUUUGGCCUUUAUACUGGUAGUUGUGAUUGUAGUCCUAGUGGUCAGACACAAAUUUCCCGGGACACAAGUGUGCUGCGCUGCAGGAGGGUCAUCAGAGCCAAGGAUAAACACUCAGCAUGACACAGAGGGAAAUCAUGGAGACCACGACUAUGAGGAGAUCCAGAUUCAGAACCAGCAGGCGAGCUCAGGAGAUGCACUGCAGACCGUCUAUGCCACCGUCAACCCUCCCGCAGAUCAGCUCUUCUAUGCCAGCGUCAACUUCCCAAGUGACUCUGUCAAUGUCGGGAACGUGCUUCCUGGCACAGAUAGUAACGGCUCCUCGGCUUGUGACUACUCCUCCAUCAGUACGACUCAGGAGGCCAUCCAUCCUCCAGCAGCAGAGCAGACUAUAUACACUACAGUCACAAAGCCUGGGAAGCCAUGAGAUAGAUACUGUAGUAGGUGUUUAUUGUGCAGCUCAAGGGGAGCAUGCUAUGAACACACCGUCCAAUCACCCAAAAUAUAGAAAAGCAAUUUAGCAAAACUUGUGAGUGACGGACCCUAUAAUUUGGCACAGUAGACCAUAUUCACAUGGCAGCCAUUUUUCCUCUGACGUCACACUCAGGGUGGGAGGCUUGAAUGCUGGGAUAACGUUAUGCUGCUGUGUUCCAGAUUGCAGCUCUUAUAAAUAUUGUGAAAUCUAGCAUAUUGUUGUCAUUUCACUGCUUGCAAAUUGAUCCGCAUUCAUUUGUUAUCAAAUGUGUUGCUUUACCUUAAAUUUCGGCCUGAGGUCCCUCCGGAUUAUCACCAUCCAUUGCCUUUUCAGAUGCUGAUCAAUCUGUAAAUGGUGAAGUUAUAAGGAUUUGUCAGAUUACCAACAUUUAUACGACUUGCACCCCAGUCACACAGCAGUAUGACAAUCGCACUUCCUCAAAGAAGUUGGAUUGGGAAAUGGCUGCCAUGUGAAUUUGGUCUCUGAGUUUGCUAGUUAUAUCACGGCUGUGUAGCUAAUGCUGUGUGUACACGUAUAUGAAAUGAAUGUAAAUGUGCUUUGAAAAUGAUGAUUAGAAUAAUGUGGGUGAUCAUUUUUGUCUCUGUCUUGGGUCGGUCACACUCGUACUGAAAUUGUAUGAUGCCUGUAGCUUUCAAUUUGUUUAGUACACUGUCAUAGACAUGUUGGUUAAAUAAUAUGUUCCAGCACUGAGGUCAUAGUAUGUGAUGGUUUUGCUCAGGACUGCAUCACAUUCAGAGGUGUUGAUGCACCACCUGACCUCAGCAACAAACUCAAGUCACACUUAAAUUCAUCACACAGUUCUGAACAUUAUAAACCUUAUAAAGGCAGAGGUUAUGGCGGGGCAGUUGCAUUCAAAUUCUGCAGAUGUACUGAAUGAAUGCCCCUGCUGGCUGCACGCUUAUAUGCGAUAUGCUAACUCCUUUCUGUUUUAGUGGCCAGUUAUUCCAUAUUGCACCUUUAAAUAGCUAAAUGUAGUGAAGCAGGCAGUAAUCAAUAUCUCAUACUGUCUUCAGGAUCACAAUACACUGAGUGUGUCUCACUUUUCACUGGCAUGCAAACACAUUUUUUUAUGACGUUCUGUUGGUUUAAAACUGUUGUGGAGUUUUGAGCUCUCCUGUAAAUAAAUUUGAUGGAGUACUAUAAUCAUAUCAUGACAGAAAAUGUUCAGUGUCACUUAUGUCAGCACUUUCAGUCAAUCGUGACAUGUUCUAUUGAGGCUCACAGGUGUAGAACAGCUUGCUCUCAGCGUGUUUGUAUUGAGUUCAGGACAUUUGGCAUUUGAUUUUAUUCAGCUCUGCAGCGCCCUCUCAUGGCUGAAGUGGUGAUCAGCUGGUGAUUAACUGGCGUGACCACCCACCAGCUCACAAUCAUGUUUAACAUCCAGGAAUACCUCAACCCGGCACAAAGAAAAGCUUGUCUUUUUUACAUGUUCAUCUCUGAGGCCUUGCGCCUGGAUAAAUUGUG